AUGGAAACCGGCGCACAGAAAUUAGAACAGCCCUGGAAGUCUGUUAGUGACAGCUUCAGUCAAAAGAGGGUUAGCGACAAGGAUAUCUUCUAUGGUGCCGCUAUUGGCGAAAAGAUGUCAGUACCGGGUUCUGCCGGGGAGGUUAACGUGACAAUCCUGUAUGAUACAGGUGAUUAUGACAAUGAGAAUACGAAGUGUCUCCGCCAUGAUUUGCCCGCUCAAGAGGCGCCUAAUACGAGCCGAAAGUGA